AUGGCUUCUUCCAAAGAGAAUCCAAGCCUGGAGCAUCGGCUCUGGCCGGCAAUCUACAAGACACGCAUCUCGGCUUAUCCGGCGUUCUCUCAAACGAAAGGGUCUCAACCGCGUUUGCAAACUAUGCGCCCGGUGAGAAAGUUUUUGGAGGACGAGAAGAAACAGGUGUCUAGUGUGAGGGUCUUGAGCAAGGACAUGAGGGCGCAUUUGCAUGACAAGAUUGAUGAUGUGGCGCUUGGGGAGGAUCUACAGCAUGUUACGAAGAAGCCGGAGAGGUUGGUGGUGGUGACGAAGACAUUUAAGCUGGGUGACGGACAUCUGAAGCGGUGGGUGAGGAAGGUGGAACAGGUCAGAGAGGUGAUGAGGGGGUUUGAUGCUCGGCUUCUUGAGGAGGUUGUUGGAGAUGUUGAUGUUUGGGGGGAGGUUGUUACGGGAGGGUGGGAGGUUGUUAUCCCAGGGGGGGGGAUGGGCUACGGAGAGGGUGGCGAAAAGGAGGAGACUUUAUUGAUUUUGGGUUCCAGAGAGGAAGGCAGGUUUCUUGGAUAG